GGCUUGCAAUCUUGAUUCGAGAAUCCAGAACGUAACGGGUGUACUCUGGACAAAUAUCGUUGCCAAGAUUUCCAAUGUUUUGGUGGAAGGAGCCAAAAUUUGAGGUGAUCUUGCUAUCCCAUUCACACUGACGCCAUCAAUUUUUGGCACCAAUUCCUGGAACCUGUCCCGGGCCCAAAGACCCGGCUUCUUCAUGUGUUGCCGCGUCACGUAACCUCCUUCAAGGCCGUCCGUGGCCAAGGAGGCCCCGUUCAAGCGGGGUCUUGAUCGUAAACAAUAAUAUUGAGAUCCUCCCUCCGUCGACGAAAUGAUGGACCGGAACAGCAACAACAGUGACAGAGUGGUCGUGGCUCCGAGCAAUCCGGAUAACUCUCUCAUUUCCAACGUACCUAUUGAACUUGUGAGUGCAGCUACCUCGGUGGGCUCAAGGCUAGGGGAUCCGGGCAGUCCCAACGUGUACGUCGAGCCAAGUACGGGUGAAUUGACUUCCGUGAUUCCAUCCAGUGUGGUGGGCACUCAGUCCGGAGGUCUCCAACUCACCACCAUCACGGUUGCAGUGCCCGGGCCAUUAAGUCCCAACGACCCGGUGCUACUCCAAGCUGCGGCCGCUGCGGCUGGACCUACGGUCAGUCUUCCCACACAUCCGCUCCCGCCCACCGUCUCCGUGUCACUUCCAACCAUGCCUGCUCUCCAAGAAUCUACUCUGAAGUGGAAGUACGAGCAAAACAAAGACAACAAAACCAGUAGCUCUUUGGACGAGUUCCAUCCUUUCAUUGAGGCUCUGUUGCCGCAUGUAAAGGCAUUCGCAUACACGUGGUUCAACCUCCAGGCCGCCAAGCGAAAGUAUUUCAAGAAGCACGAAAAGCGAAUGUCGUUGGAAGAGGAGCGAAGAUGCAAAGAAGAACUCAUGGCUGAGAAACCAGAGGUGAAGCAAAAAUGGGCCUCCAGACUGCUCGGAAAGCUCCGAAAAGACAUUGCUCAAGAGUGUCGCGAAGACUUUGUUCUCUCCGUCACUGGAAAAAAACCCGCCAUGUGCGUGCUCUCCAACCCUGAUCAGAAGGGCAAGAUGCGGCGGAUCGAUUGUCUGCGUCAAGCUGACAAGGUCUGGAGGCUGGACUUGGUUCAGGUCAUAUUGUUCAAGGCUGUGCCUUUGGAGAGCACGGAUGGAGAGCGAUUAGAGAAAUCUCCAGAUUGCCUUCAUCCCGGGCUUUGCGUCAACCCUUACCAUAUCAACGUCUCUGUUCGAGAACUGGAUCUCUUCCUAGCCAAUUACGUCAACUCCCAUGAUGAGAUCACGGAGCACGACAAAGAUGACGAGUCUUUCAUUUUCAAAGGCUAUCCCCACAAUCCCUAUAACGGUGUGAUAUGCAAUGACACGAUCACAGCCACAGGAGUGUUUGGGUCCAAAGAACUCUGGAGACUUGCCAGAGGUAAGAACAUCGUCAACACCAGGAAUCCAAAGUCAAUAGGGUCCAUCAUGAGCCCUCAAUCCCUACAGCAGAUUCCCUCUUCGAUUAUGACCAAUGGUGGCGGCAACCUUCAAUCGUCCCUCAAUAGUAUCAAACUUGAGAACCCUUCUUCUCUGGUGACCGCCUCCGUUUGCGGCUCGGGUGGAGGCGUCAUUGGCUCAGUGGGGGGCACCACGUAUUAUACUUGUAACUCCUAUUCGGUGGCCUCUCCCAAUUCCGCUCACGAUCAUAUAACACUUCCCAUGGGUGGAGGAUACAGCCCCAUUUCGUUGCCGCUGAGAUCUUCAGGGUCACCACCUCCGGUGUCGAUUCAAAGCGCCACGGGCGAGGUUCUGCGACUGAAACGAAUGAGAAGGUUAAGCUCAGAGGAACAAGAACCCAUGGAUAUUCGGGAUAAGGUCUCAGAUUUGGCUUAUUACACCACAAGCCCCACAUCUGGUUAUUUGACCGGCACGAGUGGAACUGCGACCAUCACCUUGCCGACUUCGGCAUCAUGGACUCAAGCAGACCUGGAUCAUGCCACCGCAAUUGGAGUCAUCACCUCAAAUGGCACAGCCACACUAUUACCCUCAGCCAAUAAAUAUCUAAGAACCGAUUUAAUCGGCCUCCCCGGGAUAAGGACCACGGUUCUAGCCCCAUCCACAGAAAAGAGACUCUGUGACGACAAUUCUAAUCAAAUAUCCACCACAAAUCCACACUCUGAGCUCAAUGGCAGUCCCACAGAACAGGAUAUGAGUGAGCCUGAUUCCACCGGUAUACCGUCCCAACAGUCUUCCCUAUCGGGAGCUACGGCAUACUACACUACAUCCGAUCUGCACGAAGGAUCCCAAAGUCCCACGAAAGUAGCGUACGUGGAAAAUGGGCAUGACACGUUUUCGGACUUCGUCACCCUGGUUUGUCAAGAGGCACAAGGCAACCAGUUAAGCCAUCAACCCGGAGUGCGAGGACCGGGAAACAAGGUGUCCGCCUAUUUCUCGUCAUCCAUGUACCCGCCCCCUCCUCCAGGUCCCACGGCUCGCCCCGUGGCCAUCAUCCGGUCAUCAGACUUGAACAAUCUCCAACACACGUCUUCUCCGUCCCCGUCCAUGGGCCUCAACUCCACACCCAUAUCCUUGGGUGCCGGCCAUUGUGUCACAUCCGAGUCAAUGGGCGUUCCCUCUAGUCUUCGGUUGUCGCCACAGCCCUCGUCCGAUACAGGCAUGGAACCACCUCCUAGGACAGUGCUGUUCACCUAUUCCGGUGGAUCGACACACGGGAUCAACCUAUCGGCACCACUCUCUCCUACCAAUUUGUCGCUGAUCAACAUGCCCAAACUGAAUUUGGCGACUUCGUCCCCAACCAGUUUGCAUCAUCAUUCGAAUAUCAACUCGGCCUUGAGCAGUCGAUAUGUGACGGCCACCUCGGGUUCCACAUCCUUGGUGUCCAGCAAUAACCCCACCUUGAGAUGGUCCAAUGGCACUGUGACCGUGUCCAACUCCAAUAACAACCUGAUCUCGAGCAUCGAGGAGAACAUCAAUUACGACCUUAUGUCGCCCAUGAUGGUGGCCACGGGAGCAGAUGGAUCUACUCAACUCAUCGACGACGAUCGAUAUUUUCAAUGUGAGCCCAUGGAUGCCACUGUGAGUCCCAUAGCGCUGACCAACCACGGAUCCGUGAACACCAACCCGGGAUCUGUUCACGACACCUCUAAUGGCGGCUCCAGCAAUCCGGGCACCCCUAGCAAUGGAUAGUUUAGUGCAUAUAACCCAUAUCAAAUUCCAAUAUGUAGCCCUUCAAUUCCCAAUGGAAUAAUAUCAGAGUGACCAACUAGUCAAAAUGGCCAAUGAUCUUCGCGGUGCUAGCAAUCCCAUUGGGAUGUGCCAACCCUAGAGAACAACGACGUUGUAAAUUUCUUCUUCAAGUAUUGAGCGACCUUCCACAACUCUCAAAUGCCCUGUGUAACUAAUCCUUUCUUGCAAUUCAGCUAGCAUAAUUCUUAGAUUACAAUUUCUCUUCCAUCAUCACCAGCUCCUCUUCGUCCUCCUCUCCCAAAGAUUCUUUCUGAGGAAAAACCAUUUGAAAAUCUUCAACAAAUUCAUUGUGUGCGUCCACCCUGUUUGAGUUGCAUUUUGCUCAGUUCAUUUGUACAGAAACAAAAUGUGCCAAUGUGAAAUAAAACCAAGCUCACUUAA